AUGCUCAGUGUUGCUUCUACGGCGGUGAUCGCCUUUAUAUUCUCCAAGGCCAUCUUUGCGGCUCCUGAGGAUAUCGACAGUCUCAUCAAGUAUGUUCUAGAGCCCCGUGAUAAAGAAUGCGGCCCAGAUAUUGGCAGCUGUGGCAAAGGCGAGUGUUGUUCGGAGGCUGGCUUUUGUGGUACUUCUAAACAGUACUGCGCUGGAUCGCAAUGCCUGCUCGAUUAUAGCUACGCCUGCGAUACACAAAUUAGCCCUCCGGGAGAGAGCACCGAAGGCAUCCCCCGAGAGCACAUUGGCGAUGUCCCAUAUGCCUCUACGAUUACUCGAUGCCUCGAGUCCGGCCAUGUUGCCUUGACAUUUGAUGACGGGCCCUACGUAUAUACAAGUCAACUCCUUGACAUCCUUGAAAAAUACGAUGUGAAAGCGACGUUUUUCAUUGCAGGAAAUAACAGAGGCAAGGGUCAUAUAGACGACGAAUCAACAGGCUGGCCGUCCAUCAUUCGGCGCAUGCAUGAAGCUGGGCACCAGCUCGCAAGCCACACCUGGACGCAUCGCAAUCUCAACGAGAUUUCCGAACAUGUUCGAGAAACGGAAAUGAUCUACAACGAAAUGGCAUUCCGCAAUCUCAUUGGCGUCAUACCGACUUAUAUGCGUCCGCCGUUUCUAGAGUGCAGCGUGAAGUCUGGAUGCAUGGACACAAUGGACAAGCUUGGCUAUCACGUUAUCAGCACGAACCUGGACACCAAGGACUAUGAAAACGACGAGCCUUCGUUGAUCCAUGUCUCCGAGGACCGCUUCUCCUCUAUACAGGACUCUGAUGAAACUAACCACGAUUACAUCGUUCUCGCACACGACGUCCACUAUCAGACAGUUGUGACGCUUACCGAAUACAUGAUCGAAGUCAGUAGGAACCGAGGAUACGAGCUUGUGACUGUUGGAGAAUGCCUUGGUGACCCAUCUGAGAAUUGGUACCGCAUUGCGCGGAAUACUAAACGUGAUGUUGAUGUGACAGUUAGGCCGGAGAACAACAAGGACAAGAAAGAGCCUGCUGUCUCAGAAGACCAGAGAUGUGGUAGCGAUUUUGGUGCAACCUGCAAGGGCUCCAAGUAUGGCAGAUGCUGCUCAUAUUAUGGAUAUUGCAUGCAGCACUGCGGAACUGGAUGCGACUCUGAAUAUGGAGAUUGCUCGAUCAAUGGGGGAGUACGCAGAGCAGUUCUUCCCGUCUAUGACACGACGAAUGGCCUUUGCGGGGAUAAAUUCUCAGCUACGUGCCAGAAAUACGAAGACAAAAACUGCUGCUCCAAGUACGGUUUCUGUGGCAAUUCAAGCGCUCACUGCGAGGAGGGAUGCCAAAAGAAAUAUGGUAGCUGCUGGUAA